AUGACUAUCCAGCAACAGCAACCUUCUCAGGCCAUUCCUAUCCUGACCUCACAGAACGGCUCUGAAGUCAAAGAUGCAAACAAGGAGAUCGUUCAAAAUGUCCCUGCCAAGGAAGUUCAAUACUUCAACCCCGAGCAGCUCCCCGCUCCCGGCCUCGGCUUGAGCGGCCCCAACGGUUCUCUACCAAAGAUCUUUACGCCCAUCAAGAUCCGUGGCAUCAUGAUGCCCAAUCGCAUUUGGCCCUGGAACUUCGCCCAUUAUGGUGGACUGGCCCAGCGUGGCCCUGGUUUCGCCAUGCUUGAAGCCACAGCUGUUCAAGCACGAGGCCGUAUCACACCUGAGGACUCGGGUAUCUGGCUGGACUCACACGUGGAAGGACUGCGAAAGCACGUUGAAUUUGCACACGCCAACAACUCUCUCAUCGGUAUCCAGAUUGGCCAUGCCGGUCGAAAGGCGUCCUGUGUUGCUCCGUGGUUAGACGCUGGACUUGCCGCCGAAAAGGCCGCGGGCGGAUGGCCCGAUGACGUUGUGGGCCCUAGUGAUGAGCCUUUUGCUCCAGGGUAUCCUACACCCCGUGCUAUCACUAUCGAAGAGAUUGAGCAGCUUAAGGAGGACUUCGUUUCCGGAGUGCGUCGAGCGGUUGAGGCUGGCUUUGGCGUUAUCGACUUCCAUUUUGCUCACGGCUAUCUCGUUUCAAGCUUCCUGUCCCCUGCUACCAAUAAGCGAACCGAUAAGUACGGCGGGAGCUUUGAGAAUAGAGUCAGACUUGCCCUUGAAAUAGUUGAGGAUGCUAGAGCCGUUAUGCCCGAUCAUAUGCCCUUGUUCGCUCGUAUCAGUGCUACCGACUGGCUGGACAAUAACCCUGAGUACGAGGGAGAGAACUGGAAUCUCGAGCAGAGCAUUAAGCUUGCACACCUUUUGGCAGAGCGAGGGGUUGAUGUUCUUGAUGUUUCUAGCGGUGGUAUCCACAAGAUGCAAAAGGUUGCUGCUGGUCCCGGUUACCAGGCUCCAUUUGCUAAAGCGGUAAAGAGGUCUGUUGGGGACAAGCUCCUUGCCAGCACUGUCGGUAGCAUCAAGACAGGCACCCUUGCCGAGGAGAUCAUCCAGGGCGGCAAAGACGACACCCCAUUAGAUCUAGUAGCUGCAGGUCGUCUGUUCCAGAAGAACACCGGACUCGUUUGGUCGUGGGCUGAUGAUUUGAAUCCCUCCAUCCAGAUUGCUCACCAGAUAGCCUGGGGCUUUGGUGGUAGGGCUAAGAAAAAUGCCCCGAAGCCUGUGUUGUAA